GUGUGAUCGGAACUGAGAACGAAGACUCGAACAGUGCAAAGGUCCGUAAGGUCUCGCCGAAUCUUCUUCCUUUCUCUUCCCUUUUACGCCGUCGGCCGUACCGAUGCAUCCGAUCCGGAGCUGGGCCUUCUCCGCCCUGAUCCUGGCUGUCGCCGUCCUCUUCUUCUUCUUCUUCUUCGACUGGCCGUCUCCUCCUCUUCAAGAAAUGGCCGGAGAUAUUCCCGGAUCCUUGUAUGACAUCGCUGUGAAGGAUAUGGACGGGAAUGAUGUCAACCUGGGCAGCUACAGUGGGAAGGUUCUUCUCAUUGUCAACGUUGCUUCCAAGUGUGGUUUCACAAAUUCCAACUACAAGGAAAUGAAUGUUCUCUAUGACAAGUACAAAGAUAAGGGAUUUGAAGUAUUAGCAUUUCCUUGCAAUCAGUUUGCCAGUCAGGAGCCAGGAACCAUUGAAGAAAUUAAGGAGACUGCCUGCACAGUGUUCAAAGCUGAGUUUCCUAUAUUUGAUAAGAUUGAAGUGAAUGGCAACAAUGCAGCAACUCUGUACAAGUUCUUGAAAUCAAAGAAAGGUGGGUUCCCGGGGUCUCGCAUCAAGUGGAACUUCACAAAGUUUCUCGUGGACAAAGAUGGGAAUGUCAUUGACAGAUAUUCACCGACGACAUCACCCUUAAAAAUCGAGAAGGACAUUCAGAAGCUGUUGGCAACUUCAUGAUCGCGUGUAGAUGUGCUGAUCAAACUAUUGUUAAUGCAUGAUUCUAGUUGGAAAUUGCCUUGGGUCAUUUUGCGACUGUUACUAUGUGAAGAAAGUUAUCAUGAUCUAUUGCUUCGUGGAAGCAUAUGUGACAAUUUAGAAAUAGUCUCAAAUACUAAUUGGACCGGUACAUAUCGAUCCGUAUUUAAGAGUUCUAAUAGAGAACAAUAUUGAACAUUCA